AUGCGUUACUCUUACGUCGCUGCUACUCUCGUCGGCUCGGCUCUGGCCAUGCCUCAAUACGGCUACUCAGCUGUUGUUCCUACUGGAUACCAGCCUGCCCCAACUUCAUCAAAGCCAUACGAAGCAUCAACUCCCAGUGCCUACCACGCCUCGACUCCGGCCUCCUCCAAGGCGUACGAGGCAUCCACCCCCAGCUCUCAGGUCCAGUACCCAGCUAGCACACCAGUCUACGAGGCGUCGACCCCUCCUGCCUACAGCGCAUCCACUCCCGCAGCAAGCUCUUCCGUCUACCAUGCGUCUACCCCUGCAGCGAGCUCAUCCGCUUACCACGCUUCCACUCCCGUCUACAGCGCGUCCACUCCUAUCUACAGUGCUUCCAAGCCUGCUGAGAGCUCCUCAGCUUACCAUGCCUCCACUCCUGUCUACAGCGCAUCUACUCCUGCAGUGAGCUCAUCAGCAUACCACGCCUCGACUCCCGUCUACAGCGCGUCUACCCCCAUCUACAGUGCUUCCAAGCCCGCUGAGAGCUCCUCGGUUUACCACGCUUCAACCCCAGCCUACAGUGCUUCCACUCCCGUCUACCACGUCUCUUCUUACGGAACUGGUUACGUCAAGCCUACCCCCUCUUCUUACGGAACUGGCUAUGUCAAGCCUACCCCCAAGCCUUCAUCGGCUUCCGAGUACCCCCACUCCGACUACACCACUACGCUUACAUCCACCUACACAUCUUGGGUGCCAUGCAGCACUUCAGUUGGUCAGGGAGAGCACUCCAGUGUCAUCUACUCAACAUACUUGACCCCAACCUACUCCACUGUCACCGUAACCUCGACUGUUCACGGCUCAAAGCCUACAUCUGACGUGCCCGUCUACCCAGCGGAGACUCCUGAGGGACACAAGCCAACUUACCCAGCGGGAACUCCUGAGGCUCCCAAGCCAACCUACCCUGCCGGUACUCCUGAGGCCCCUGCACCAACAUACCCCGCUGGUACUCCUGGCGGUCCUCAGUGCCCUGCCCCAGUGACUGUCACCAAGACUGUACAUGAGGUUGAGACCAAGACCGUCACCGUUGGUGCUGGUGGUGCUUACACUCCUGGCCCAGCCCCUUCCGUUGUCUACCCCGAGGGUACCAAGCCAUCCUCCUCUGUGGAGCACUACACGGAGGGCCCCAAGCCAUCCUCAGUCAAGCCCUACCCUGUUGGUCCCAAGCCUUCUUCUGAGGUCAAGCCCCCUUACCCAUCCUCUGGUAGCUCGAUCCACUACACUGCUUCGUCAGCGCCCUACCCGGUUCACACCCCUUCCUCAUCUAAGGCCUACCCCACUGAGUACCCUACCCCCUCGUCUUCCACCAAGGAAUACCCAGCAUCUACCCCUUCUUCCUCUACUAAGGGAUACCCCGCCGCCACUCCCUCUUCUUCGACUAAGGAGUACCCCGCCGCCACCCCUUCUAGCUCCGCGGUGCCCUACCCAGUGAACACUCCUUCAUCUUCGAAGGUCACCCCUCAACCCACUGGUUACGUCGCCUACCCCCACUACUAA